AUACUGGAAAAGCCUGGAAAAUGCUUGUUGCCAAUGGAUAAACUCGUACCCUUAGGAUUCAGUUAAAGCCUAAAUUGACCUAAGAAGCGCUGUAAUUUUUUGAGAAAAUUGGCUGGAAAGUUAGCGUGCUUUUCAAAAUGGUAAGGGCUUACUUGGAACACGAUUUAAUUUCAAAACCAAGAGUUUCCCCAAUAAGUGGCAUACGCCGUUGGACAGAUCUCGUCGAGAGGAAUCGGAAUAUGCCAAGAAAAUAUGUUCAAGCACUCGAAAUUUGGGAGAAAAUUUACAAAAUUUGAAUUUUUAUUGUAGGAAGGUCAUUUUUUUACUAUUGCAAAUUGUUGAACAAAUUGUUUAUCGGUCAAUUGUUUAGGGCAUCCAACAAUUUAAAUAAUUUUCGAUUGUUGCCCAGUAUCAUUCCACUUUAAUCAUUUCAAGGCCUUACUUUUUACGUCUUGACAUUUUUUGUACUUUUCAAGUUGCAUUAAAAUGUGUUUAGCCAAUAAAUUGAAAUUUAACACGGAUUUUAGGCCAAAAAAGUUAACUAUUAUUUUAAGUUGAAGAAAAUUUUUCCAAAUUUAACUAGCACUCAUUUUUAAAUAGGCUAAUUUGGAAAUAAUUUUAAUUAGAACCUCUAGUUUGAUUUUCAGGAAUUAUUUUGCAGUUUUAGGAGACUGACACGAGUUAGAGUAACGCGUGUACAAUAACUAACUGCAGCUCAUGGUACGUGAAUUAAAUGUAAUUUCAGAGAAGCGCGUCCAUUUCCUUGCUUCUCCAACUCGUCGAGAGCUGGAGGAACGCAUGCGACCCGCAUUGGAAAACUGUUGCGCGGCACAGUUUCCAUCGCACAGCAAGGAGUAACGUGAGCCAAAAUUUCAAGUGUAGUCAUUAAUUAUUUAAUUAUUACAUACUGCUUUGCAAGGUAUUGCAACAAUGGAAUUUUUCGCUCCCUCCCUCCCCUUAAAAAUUAAUGUUGCGUUUUAAUAUUAAAUAAUAUUAAUUUUGUUUACGCUUUUUAAUAGUUUGGCAGCUUGAAAGAACUAUUUAUUUACACACAAAAAAUCGAGAAGUUCUUCAAAUCAGCCGAGUUUUCCUGUAUUUUACUCUGAUUUUCAAUUUUUUCAGGGCCUGCUCCAAUUACGAGCGCAUCAUCAUUCUAGAUCAAAAUAAUCGAGAAAAAAUAUGGCUUCAAAUAGGUAGUGCGUAAAACACAGCGAGGCAAUGAGCGCAGCACAGAUAAAAGACGUUGUAAAAAAAAUAAAAUAAUAACUCCUUCAAGCAUCAACAAGUAGUCGAGCUUCACUCCGCAGCGCGCAGUUUCACUGUUGUUUACUGUUUUGUUCUUCCGCUUUGCGGUCACCAAAAUCCCGAAAAGUGGAGAGCAUAGAGGCAGAGGCUAAUCCAUUUCCCCUUCCUAAAGAUUGGUUUCUCCGACGCAACAACAACAACAAGCAUAGAUCUGGAUCGGCUAGUAUUAUCCUGGCUAUUAUUGCGUCUAAUGGGGAAAUUGGGGAAUGUGGGAGGGGAACGGGAGUCUGGAAACGAAAACAGCUCGCCUCGUCUGAAGAAUACAUAAUUUAAUUUUGACUGCGGGGGAUGGUGAAGCUGGAGGAAUUUCGCGGCGCAGCUCUCGUUCAACUGAAGAUGACUUUUUGACUAGAGACCAGACGUCAACGAACGCCAGAACCAGAACGCACAUUGUCAGUCAGAUACAAAUUAGCCCUGUCAUCCUGUCAAGGAUUAUUUGUCAUAGAUACGUAGAGGUGAAUAUUUGAUUAUUUUUACUGAUUUGGGGAUCGGGGAAACACUAAAUUAUGUAUCUACAUACCGUACAAACGUUAUGCAUAACAUACAUAGUUCUUUAAUCAAAUCGGAAUGAUAUUAUUUACUGUGUUAUUUAAAUAAUUUUGCUUUUAAAAUGUAAGAUGUAUGUAUUACAUAAUAUGUGUACAUUAUGUAUGUAAGCAAAAUUCAUUCUACACACGUAAGUAGGGAGUUUUUUUGCAUAAUCACGCCAAACAAUUAUGUUAAUUAGAAUAAAUUAAUAACUAUGUAUAAUGUCUAUUGUGUAGAUUCUGGUCAAUAUAUUUAUAUUAUUAGAGAUAAUUUUAAUCAGGAAAUUUGUUAACAGAAGUAGCUAAAGGAUCAAACAAUGGAAAACGUCAAGAUGAACAACCACUCGAUCAGUCCGAGCAUCAGGAGCUUUGCGUUCACCACCAAGAUCCCGCCCAGGAAUGAGUUGACUGCAUUUUUGUGCAACGUAGAUGCACCUCCAAAGGACAGUUUCUACCAAGACCUGCCCAGCCAUUGGCGGGUUGCGAAAUGCAGGUCGUUGGUGAGAGAGUGCUCGCAUUUCUUGGCCAUGCCCAUGGUGCCAAGCAACAAAGUGACCAUCGUGUGCUCCAAGACAUUCGCUGCCUUGGGAAACCCGCACACCAUCCUCGCCUCAUUUGGCAUCUCUGUGUCGCAACGUAACGUGGAGCUGUCAGACAAGACAUUCAAAGCCUUGCUUGAGUUCGCAAUUGUGGGCAGGCUGUCGCCAGAUUGGAACAGGGUUGAUUUGAACUUGCUGGUCUACAACGAGGACUUCCUCACCAUGGUCAUUGGAAUCCCAGCAAUCAAGUUCUUAUUGAGUAUUCAUGGCACUGAAGCUCAGAUCCUAUUGCAACCCUUAAAGGUGAAGCUACCAAUGCUGCAAGCGUGUGAUCUCGAGAUGAACGACACGCAAUCAGUUUGUGACUUCUUUGCCAGGAAAUUGCGGCAGGUGUUUGACAACUGCGUCGACCUCGAGUGGGUCCACACUCUGCCGAGCAUGAAGCCUGCGAGAGUCAUGAGUGUUUCUCACCACAUUCCUGAUACAUCUCCCUUAAAGUCGUAUGCUGAUUUCACCAAAAUGUGGCAGGAAGUGUAUGGAUACAAGUUGCCUCCGCCUGACGAGGGCAGAGCUGAUUCUUCGUUAGCAGGCCCUUACUUGAACGUGAAAUACGAUGUUAGAGGGCUGGCGGACAACAGCAGGGAGCACACUUACCCUGCAAUCUGCGUGAGGCCCUACGAGACUCUCUUCUUCCGCAACGUUGACCAGCACCUUGUGCUCACAGUUUUCAUACACACCUUGAUGAAGACUUGCCCUAUUGUCUGUGGAUUCAACCUCAAUUGGGUGUCACAGAAGAAAGUUAACCUCUCACCGGAGGUCAAGCAAGAGGCCAAUAACUCAAAGGAGCUUUGUGAAAAAGUAAUAGACGAGAUCGUGGCAGCCAUAAAGAGAGACCAAGCGAUGGGCAGCCAUCUCAGCAUUGAGCAGCAAAUGCCUCCAACCAAUCCAAAACCACAGCCACUUCCUAUCUGCAACCCAGUUGCUCUAAUACAACCCAUACGUGCAGAAUCUUCUGUGCCGCCGCAAGUGUCGAAUUCAAGCGGAUUGUCGGAACACAUUGAGCCCCAGCCAGUCAGCAACCAGAUUGAUGUGAUGAUGCCCCAAGAGGACAUGUCGCUCGAGAUCAGCUCCACUCAGCUGCUAAGCGCAGUUCCAAUGCAAAGCAACUUGAUUCCAAUAGAAUUUGUUAUUUAUUCAGCUCCAGCAUUGCCAAGGAUCAUCCCGAGUAUUUCUCCAAGCUACCCAAAGAACUCUGCCCAGAAUGUAGUUCCCAUUAGGCCUGCUCCAGUGUCUCGGAAGAAUAUGGUGCAGACGAGGUCUCUGUUUGCCAGCGGCACUGGGGAGGUGUCCAGCAGUCGGCAAACUCCUCUGAGAGCGGCGGCCCGCAAUUCAAUCCUGGGCAGAGCGCGACCACCCAGGGAGGCCCAAAGCUCCGUGCUGACCAUGAAGAAAGUCAACAUGGCCGAGUUCGUCAAGUGCAGACGCGUCGACAGAUUCAGGUGCGACGAACUGAGGCAGUGGCUGCUGGAGAAAAAAGUGACAUUUUCUCCUAGAGCUCCGAAGAAGGAUCUGAUUCAGGCAGUGUACAACCGUGUGAAUCAACCCGCUGCACCAGCCAACACUCCUAAUGCCGACAACUAAACAAAACUGGCACUAAAUGAAAAAUCGAGAAAGCUCGAUUUUAUUUUUUUAAACGGUGAAAUGCCAAACUCAAAGAACUGAUAAUCUCAUAGGCUGAACUUGUAGGUCAAUUCUUGGUGUAGUAAUAUUCUGCCUCAAGGUUUAUUUUCUAUUUUGAUGUCCAUCUUAAUUUUUACCACCGAAGAAGUAAAUGGAAUUUGAAAUGAUUGAUAGAAUUAGAGAUGAGAGACUAGCUAACCUGUUGGGGUUCUAGCCGCACGAUAUUUUAUUUUAUAGACAAAUGACGAUCUCUCAAGUAAUACUCGCAUUAUUUGUUAACUCUGUAUUGAUAAAUAUGAGUGAGUUGGCUACAAAUUAACCAAAAGAACGUUUACUGUAAUGACAAUUUAUGAAUUAGCAAGGCAGUAAAUUGAAUAGCUGUAAUUUGCUCAAACAUUAUAUUAGAUUAAGUCUAAUAGCUGGAAUCGUAAAUUUAAGCGUGAAACUAGCCUACUAAGAGGUGUUCUUUUUACAACAAAUCGAUGUUAUGGAAAUAAAUAAAUUAAUAAAAUAUAUUA